AUGUCAGUGCGCCAAUGGAAAGCGGCAGUCGUACAGUCUGAGCCAUGCUGGUUCGAUAAAGAUAAAUCGCUAGAGAAAACUCUGAUGUUGAUCAACGAAGCUGCCGAUAAUGGUGCAGCCUUGGUGGCCUUCCCCGAAGUCUGGAUUCCUGGUUACCCCAACUAUAUUUGGACUGGAAACUUUGAGCAGAACAAAGGACUCAAUCGCAAGUAUAUCAAGAAUUCCAUUUCAGCCUUUGGGCCUGAAAUGAUGACAAUCAGAGAACUUGCCGCUCAAAGGGGAAUAUUUGUUGGCCUUGGAUUUAGUGAACUGGACAAGUCCAGCAUUUACUUGAGCCAGAUCUUGAUUUCAGACGAGGGGGAGGUUCUAAUGCAUCGUCGCAAGCUUAAGCCAACGCAUGUCGAAAGAACAGUUUAUGGGGACGGUUCGGGUGACUCUUUGAUUAACGUGGUCGAAACAAAACUGGGUCGUAUUGGAAUGCUUAACUGUUGGGAGCAUCUGCAACCGUUGUUGAAAUUCAAUACUUACUCUCAGGGAGAACAGGUUCAUAUUGCUUCAUGGCCAUAUGAUGGCGAAGGUGGUACUUUCUCGCUAGAGGCAUCACAAAUGCAUGCUGUUGAGGGGGGAACUUUUGUCCUUUGCACAAACCAAGUGAUUAGCAAAGAAGCUUUUGAGGAUCAGACCUCACAUCAAACCAACCCUCUCGGUGCCUAUCAAAAUGGUGUUGGAGGUGGGAAGGCCAUGGUUUUUGGUCCUCUUGGAGUUCCGCUCACCGAAAGGCAAGAUGAACUCUUUGAUGGUCUUAUCUACUGUGAUAUUGACCUUGAUGAGAUUUAUUUUGCCAAAGCUACUGCUGAUCCGGUGGGGCAUUAUUCUCGUCCUGAUCUCCUGCGUUUGGUCAUUGAUCCGGAGGCCAAAGCAGUGAUGGUCAGCACGGAUAAGGAUAGCCUCAAGAACUCGCUGCAUCCGAAAACUGUUCCGCUAGUCAAACUUCAUAAACGGCUUCAAAGCUCUACCGAAUGA